UAUGGCGGAUGCGUAAGUAAAGAAGAAAUGAGACAACUUUUUCGCCGAUUUUCAUCAUAUAUUGCCAUGAGUGCCUAUGAAGUCAAACACAAUGUGAAGGGUCAGGAAUUUUACAUUGCUUUAGAGAAAGGUAAGGCUGUACUACAGUAUGAAAAUGAAGGAAAUAAUACCAUGAAUAUGUACCACACAAUGGUACCAUCUGAGUACAGAGGAAAAGGCAUUGCUGGGCACCUUGCCAAGGCAGCAUUUGAUUAUGCAGUGGGUGAAGAUUUCAAGAUGAGGCUAACAUGCACAUAUUUGCAGAAAUAUGUAAAAGACAACCCGUUACCUGAGUAUACAUCACGUGUUGUUUGAUAGAUUCAACAUUUCACUCAGAGGGAAUAAUGAUGAAGUAACAUGUAUGCUAUAAUGGUAAUUGAUCCAUCUAAGACUGCAAAGUGUAAUUUCUAUCAGAACAUGGCUGUUGAACUUGCUAAGACAUAGUAAAAGGUACUGGCCAUUUUAUUAAUUUUUAAAAAAAAAUUUAUAAGAAUUUCUACAUUUUAAUGAACCAAACAUGCAUUCAUGCAACUGUCCUAUUUAUUUCAAAAUUCAGCUCAAAGUGUCCUAGCUGUCAGAUACAAUGUUUUUUAUCUUAAUUAAAGCCAUAGACACUCUUGUAGUGAAUCAAUUGUUAAUAAAACUGAUUUAAAUAUCA